AUGGAUGGAGCAAAUCAUUCUGUGGUGUCAGAGUUUGUGUUCCUGGGACUCACCAUCUCCUGGGAAAUACAACUUCUCCUCUUUGUGUUCAUCUCCACAUUUUACGUGGCAAGCAUGAUGGGAAACUCCCUCAUUUUGCUCACUGUGACUUCCGACCCUCACUUACACUUGCCCAUGUACUUUCUGUUGGCCAACCUCUCCUUCAUUGACAUGGGAGUUUCUUCUGUCACUUCUCCCAAGAUGAUUUAUGACCUUUUCAGGAAAUGUAAAGUCAUCUCCUUCAGUGGCUGCAUUGCUCAGAUCUUCUUCAUCCACGUCAUUGGUGGUGUGGAGGUAGUAGUGCUUAUCACCAUGGCCUUUGACAGAUAUGUUGCCGUAUGUAAACCUCUCCAUUAUCUAACCAUCAUGAGCCCAAGAAUGUGUAUCUCCUGGAUGACUGGCCUUAUCCACUCCACGGUUCCACUGGCUUCUGUGGUAAACUUACCCUUCUUUGGGCCUAAUGUGUUGGACAGCUUUUACUGUGACCUUCCUUGGUUCAUCAAACUUGCCUGCACAGACACUUACCAGCUAGAAUCCAUGGCCACAGCCAAUAGUGGACUCAUCCCUGGCUCCUUCAUCAUUCUGAUCAUUUCCUAUAUUGUCAUCAUUCUCACUGUUCAGAAACACUCUUCAGCAGGUUCCUCCAAGGCUCUGCCCACACUGUCAGCUCACAUCACUGUGGUAGUCUUGGCCUUUGGUCCUUUGAUAUUUCUCUGUACAUGGCCAUCUCCCUCCAUACACCUGGAUAAGUUUUUGGCCGUCUUUGAUUCAGUUUUCAAUCCUUUCUUAAAUCCUUUCAUUUACACAUUCAGGAAUCAAGAAAUGAAAACAGCAAUGAGGAGAGUAUGCAGAAAGCUAGUACAUGAGUUACACGAAGAUCUCUUAAAAGUGAUUCCUAUAUUAUGA